GGAUCCCUGUGAACGAGCCUGAGCCCCCUCUAGUCCCCGUGCAGCAACUUGUCCCGCAGGAACCGAUGCCUGGAGGAUAAAGGCAGAGGAAAGAAGGGGACGGGGUUGAGGGGGGGUUAGGGGUAUCAACAAUCUCGAAUGGUUGGGGAAGUGGGGGACAAAGGAGAGCUUUAAUUUUCUGUUUCAAUGCCUCCACCGACCCACCAUCCUGAAGAUCUCUGUCCUUGGUAAGCUUGACGUGAGGAUUCCAGCAGACCGAGGAGACUGAGGGACUUCCAGGCACCGAGGAGAGGGACCCUGGAGCAGUAGAGUCCGAGAAAGGCCAGGUGGGUUCGGGGAGGUUUGGGGGACGUGGAGUUACACCAGGUUUCCUUCCCUGAGUGACCGUAAGAACUAUUAAUGCCCCUUCGAAGUGAAAAAAAAAAUAAUAAUAAAAAAAAGCCCUCGUCUUUCUUAAAGUUAGCCAAGGUUAUUGGCAGCACUGGGGUUUCCUGGUCCAAGAGAACAGGACUGUUUUCUGCACAAGCGCCCCGCCCCGUCACUGCGCUCAGCUGAUAUAAGGACAAGAGCCCGCAGGAGAGAGGUCUCCAUUCUGGACUCGGGGACACCAUCUCUGACUCCAGGAGGCAAGCGUGCUGCGGAGGACAGACGCCGGAAAAGGUUUCAGUCAAAGGCCGAGAAGAUGAAUUUCCUGACAAAUUUGGAACUGAACUUUGCAGAGUGUAUAUUAGAUGGAGGAAGAGCCACCAUGGGGGUUAGGCAAAGGGUGGAAAUGGAUGCCACACAAAGGAUGAGACAGAAUGAAACCAUCUCCCAAGCAGUGUGCGCUCUGCUCAACUCCGGCGGCGGAGUGAUCAGGGUUGAGAUUGAGAACAGAGACUAUAAUUUUGAGAGGGAUGGAGUAGGCCUGGACCUGCCACCAUUGUUCCGAAACCAUUUAGACCAGAUGAUGCAUGGAAGAUUCUUUUUAAUCUAUGUGAGUUCGUGGACCGUGGAAGCCUCAGGAGUGCGGCUCGCUACCCUGUGUUCCAAUUUGUACCGCAGAUGUGGAAACUUUACUGAGGUCAUGGACCCUCCAGAAGCUCUGACAUUCCUCAGAAAUGUCCAGGUUGUUAGGGGUCUUGGUGAUUCCGACUUUUUAAGUCUACAGGAAGCUCCUGUUGAUGAUGCUCAGAUGGUCUUAGCUUCUGAUGUGUUUAAUAGCCAGCAGCUCCAGUACCUGGAAAAACUCAACUUUACAGAGUCCCUACACGUUGAAUUUCAAAUGUUCUCGGCAGACCUUGCACAGGGCAUUCGAGAGAGACUCCCCAAGUGUGUUUCUGCGUUGGCCAAUUCUGAAGGGGGCUAUGUGUUUUUUGGUGUUCAUGAAACCGGUCAAGUCAUUGGAUGUGAAAAGGAAAAACUAAAUUGUUCCAACUUGUUGACUACUAUUGAUGCCUGUAUCAGGAGGAUGCCUGUCUAUCACUUCUGUGCACAUAACCACAAAGUGCAAUAUACCCACAGAUUCCUUGAGGUGUACGAUAAGAAGGCCCUCCAUGGGUAUGUCUGUGCAAUCAAGGUAGAACGAUUCUGCUGUGUAGCGUUUGCGAAAGCGCCUGAUUCCUGGGAGGUAAAGGACAGUGUUAUGAAGCCGCUGACUGCAAAGGACUGGACCUCUUGGAUGACAGAAACCAACCCAGAGCUUUUCAGUUUCCCUCAGAUGAUCUCCAGGAUGAAUAUGUUAAACACCACACCCCGCAGCAGGACUGUGUUCAGUCAUAAAUAUUUGAAAUGUGUGGAGGACCUACAGAAGGAUUACUUUUCAGUGUUACCUAACAGGAUUACAUAUACUCCAGAGAGCGUCUACAAGGACCUCUUCUCAGACUACAGAGGACUAAGAAACUUAAUAAGUGCGGAAAUGCGCUGUUUCUCUCAAGGGAUAUUGAUCUUCUCCCACAGCUGGGCUGUGGACCUAGGUCUUCAGAGGGAGCGAGAUGUCAUCUGUGAUGCUCUUCUAAUUUCCCCAAACAAUGUCCCAAUCCUGUACACCAUUUGCAACAAGUGGGAUCUGAGGAACAGGCAGUAUUCCAUGGGCGUCGCCUAUACCCUGAAGCAGAGGCUGGUGAACAUGGGUGGCUACACUGGAAGAUUAGGCAUCAUUCCCUUGGUCUUCCCACUGGGUGCUGACCAAAGAGUAAGGGAUGAUUUAGAAAUGCCGGUUUACCCUGAAUCCUACAACUUCAUAACCAUGGAGCAGGUGGAAGCUCUGUUGCAGUCUCUUGUGAUCGUCUUGUUCGGGUUCAGACCCUUGUUAAAUGAGGAGUUAAACUCUGAGUCUGAGACUGUGGCCCUACUCACAGAGCAACAGCAUGAGUUGCUUUCAAUGAAUCUGACUAAGCACAGAGAGCUGUUUGUUCAUGGUUUACCUGGGUCAGGGAAGACCACUCUAGCUCUCAUGACCCUGGAGAAGAUCAAGAACGUGUUCAACUGUCAAGCUGAAGAUAUUCUUUACAUCUGCGAGAACCAGUCUUUGAAGAAAUUUGUGAGCAGGAAAAUCGUUUGUCAGGCAGUGACACGGAAAGCCUUCAUGAAAAACACCUAUGACAACGUGCAACAUAUCAUCGUGGACGAAGCUCAGAAUUUCCGAACCGAAGAAGGGAACUGGUACGCCAAGGCGAAAGGCAUCGUUCAGAGAGGGAGAGAUGGCCCAGGAGUCCUCUACAUUUUUCUGGAUUACUUUCAGAUCAAUCACUUGGGCUGCAGUGGCCUCCCUGAGCUCCAAAACCAGAAGCCAAUGUUGAAGCUCACCAGGAUGCUCCGCAGUGGAGACAGGAUAGCCAACUACCUUCAAGAUAUAAUGCAUCUAAUCCAAAAUAAUCCUCCCCCGAAUGUCCCCAGAGACGCCCUGAGGAUGGGUGAAGAACCCGAAGGCCGUGCAAAUGACACAGGCAGUUUAGAGAUAACUAAUGGCCUCAAUUUGGAGCAGAUGGCAAACUAUGUAGCCGAGAAAUGCCAGGGUCUCUGGAGGACUGGCUAUUACCCCGAGGAUGUUGCUGUUCUUUUCACUAACGUCAGAGAUAUAGAAAAAUGUAGAGAAAGGCUUCUGCUAGCGAUGAGGAGGAGGACCAUGUCUCAGCUUGGUGAGGAGUCCAGUUUACUAGUGCAGGUCAGGGAGGGGUUGGAUAGUCCGGGGAAUCACAUUGUGUUGGAUAGUGUCCAGCGAUUUUCAGGCAUGGAAAGAAGUAUAGUGUUUGGGAUUAUUCCAGAAAACUUUGAGACAGACAUUUCCUACAAUGUUCUGCUCUGCCUGGCUUCCAGGGCAAGAACCCACCUGUAUAUUGUAAGGGUUAGACUUUGAUAGGAGGAUACCAGUUUUUAGUUAGCUGGGGUUGGUCUCUAGAUCUCUUUUGAAACUCUUUGAUAUAAACAUUUAAGCACCAAAACAUUUCAUGUAUAGUCACCCACUCAGGGUAAGCAAAUAUGGGUAUGGGGGAUUCAGACAGUAGUCAGAGAUAUAACAGCAAUUAGUUGGCCCUGAGUCUCUCUCUCUCUCUCUCUCUCUCUCUCUCUCUCUCUCUCUCUCUCUCUCUCUCUCUCUCUCUCUGUGUGUGUGUGUGUGUGUGUGUGUGUGUGUGUGUGUGUAUCAUGAAGGAUUGGUUGUUUGAGGUAGGGAGGAAAGAGCCAAUUAUGAGAUGACUGCUAUACUAUACGUUCUAGUGGACUCAGAUAUUUUCCUUGUUUUUAACACAGAAAUGCUUGAUCCUGGUAUGUGGAGAGAGCAUGAAGGGUGGAGGGUGUGUCCAUCUUUAGCAGGACAUGGUUUGAAAUGUAAGUUCACAAAUUGCAAGUUAUAAUUUCAGGGUGAGACCAGUUGAACUUGUGUUAUUUCCCAUUUUGCCUUUCACUGGCACUACUAUUUUUGAUCUUUGCUUCCUACAUGACUUGUUCAUUCAGAAUCUCUCUCCUUUGACUCUGCUUUAAUAUUAAUGCCCGUGGAGACUCAGGGAUGCUACAGCCAAAGUGCCAAAGUGUGGGUUCAGUGGUUUGGAAGAAUGGACAGACUCUAAGUUAGCAGCACUUCACACUUAAUUUAGUAACCGUAGCACGCAAAUGUAAGUUGAAUAUCUCUGUUCUCUCAGCACUCGGUAGUUCGACCAGCCUUUCAAAGGCUGUCGCUGAAAAAUACUCAUUUGUCAUUUACUUUAGGUUUCUUCAAACUCAGUAUUUAGAGCCAAACAGAGCAGACUUUUCUGGGAGACACAAACAAAAAACCCAGAGUUCAUUUGCUAUUAAAAAGAGCAAAAGCGGGCUGGAGAGAUGGCUCAGCGGUUAAGAGCACUGACUGCUCUUCCAGAGGUCCUGAGUUCAAUUCCCAGCAACCACAUGGUGGCUCACAAUCAUCUGUAAUGGGAUGCUCUCUUCUGAAGUGUCUGAAGAGAACUACAGUAUACUAACAUAUAAAUAAAACAAAGAAAUCUUUAAAAAAAAGAGCAAAAGCGAAUUAUGAAAACUCAAGGAAAAUGAAUAUACAUGGGAAGUAUGACAGAAGUUGAGUAACUUGGAGGAAAAAACCCAUACAUUCUAAUGGGUGGAUCCGAGCCAUUCAUGUUUGUCAGAGUGUGUGUAAGGUGAGUAGGGGUGUAGAUAAUAGCUAGGAAAAAAAGACAAAGAAGCUGGGGGAAAGGGAGGGCUGGGGAGUAGGGGCAUCAGGACACAUGUGGUAUGAAGCAGAAAGGGGGCCGGGGGGGGGGAGGUGGAAGUGGAGGCGCAGCGAUAGGCUCUGGGAGGGGAGCGGCACAGAUACUAGAAAAAUUCUGGAAAAAAUAAAAUGUGAAGAUAGAAUCAGUUUGCUUUAGGCAGCUUGUUACAUUCUUAGAAAAUUUACAACAAAGAAAUUUACUUCUAGCCAGGCAGUGAUGGCGCAUGCCUUUAACUCCAACACUCAGAAGGCAGAGGCAGGUGGACCUCUGAGGCCAGCCUGGUCUACAGAGUGGGUUCUAGGACAUCCAAAGCUACACAGAAAAACCCUGACUCAAAAAGCAAAGCCAAAAAAGAAAAAAAAAAAAAGGACAAAGCCAGGUAGUGGUGGUGCACAGCUUUUUAAUCUCAGCACUGUGGAGACAGAGACAGGAGGAUCUCUGAGUUUGAGACUAGCCUGGUCUACAGAGUGAGUGCCAGGUUAGCCAGAAAGGUCAAGAAACAAUAUGCUUGGGAAAUGCUGGCAGCAAAUGUCAUCAAUAUUUUUUUUUUCUCUAAAGUUUCUAUUCAUGGUAGUUUAAUCCCAUUGCUCAGGAGGCGGAGGCAGGAAGAUCUCCGUGAGCUUGAGUCCAGCCUGGUCUACAGAGUGAGUUCCAGGCCAACCAGGGCUACAUAGUGAGACUUUGUCUCAAACCCUUUUUCUAUAUAAAAGAAAAAUUUCCAAGAUUAAAAGAAAACUGGAGGAAGGACUUGACGGGAAGCGUGCAGAAGGCGUUAAAUAGCUCCUACACAUGGAGGGGACAUUACUAUGGUCGCAUGAGUGUCCCAUAACCAGGGUGUGUGAUGACUGACAUGCCAUUUGGAGAGAAAGCUGCCAAUGGCCGUGACUUGCUCGAAUGCUGACAAACUUUUACCUUGAGAUUCAUUUCUAAGGAACUUACUCUGCACACACAGCUUGCACACAUGUAAAAAAGCUUCUGGACAGAUGCAUAGAAGUCUGCUUCUAGGGUUGGGGAUUUAGCUCAGUGGUAGAGCGCUUGCCUAGGAAGCGUAAGGCCCUGGGGUUCGGUCCCUAGCUCCGAAAAAAAAAAAAAGAACCAAAAAAAGAAGUCUGCUUCUAGUAGCAGAAAGCACAGUAGCAGUAAACAUCGAUACAGAGCAGUUGAAGGGAGUAAGUUACGGGCUAGCACAAUGCACCAUCACACCAUGAAGCCAUACAAAAGCGAGCUCUCCAUCGUAUUUAUGCAUUCUGUAUUGCGAACAAAGUCCAUCCUGUGCCUCUAGAGUUGGCACACAUGCUCGCGGAUGCAUUCGGGAUUUUUGAAAGUAAACCUUAAAAACUGGCAGCAGUAUUUGACUCUGGAAAGGGGAAAUCGGCGACGAGGGAGAACAACAGCUUUUGCUCUUUGCGACUCUAGGUUCUCUACCAUGUGGUACUUGACGGAGUUUUGCUUUGCAUGUGUUUUUCACUUAUGAAUUUGUAAAUGACUUUCUCAGUUCUUAUCAACCUGUAUCCUGGAUAAACAUUUCAUAAUCAUAGUGGAUAUUGAUAGUGGAUAGUGAAUGGGGGAAUUCGAAAACUAUACAACAUAAUAGAUUUUUUUAGUACCUAACAUUUAGAAGUGUGGACUCACUGUCAUAUUUGAUUCAAGCUUGUUUUUUUUU